UGGUCCUUUUCUUGCGCCAGACUACCUCCCAUACCUGCCGUACGCUUUCCGGCUCUUUCCACAAUGGAGCCUUUAACUAGUAUGUCGGACGCUAUUGCGUCGGUUAAGGCGCUCAAGGAGACAUUGCAACGCUAUAAGGGUCGCGACAGAACAUUAGGCAGACUGCAAAAUGCUCUCGAGGAUCUUGCCGUCAUUUUAUGCUUCCUAGAGGCCGCUGAUAGUGAAACCCCGGGUAUGACUGCUCUGAAAGGCGUUGCUAGCCACUGUAGCAAGAUAUGUUACGAGUUGAAAGGUACUAUAGAAACAUUUAGCGACAAGUCGAACACGGACUUGAUACAUUUGGCAAAGAAGGAGGGCAAUAUCGACGAAUUUAUCGAUACUCUAUCGGUUUACAAGUCGACGAUCGCGACUAUCCUCAGCUCAGCUCAGAAACCAACCGAAGAGUUCAAUGAGAUGCUCCAAGACACGAUUUACAAUCUCGAGCUACGCCGUCAACACAUUACUGAGAAGACAGGGAGCGAUGCCACAGACCGCCCAACCAUCUCAAACCUAGCACUGCAGAAAGAAGCGCCUCGAGACCGCCUUGACUCUUCGAACUCUAAUCAAGGCCUUCAUCGCAGGAGGACUCUGUUGGUGGAAGAGAUCAAAGUCUUGGAGCAAGUUUUACAAGUUGUCAAUCGGAUCUCUCAUCAAUUAUCUCCUCAAAAGAUCCACAUCGUCGGGGAGGUCAUUGCCCCCGAAACCGGCACCGUUCAAACAGUGAUCACAACUGAUGCGAACUUGUUUCGAGUCGGAAGGGUGGAGGCAGGGAGAGGAUCGCGCCAAAUGGUCGCUUCAACAUCGGACCCCACAUUACGGGCUCUGCUCAACGUCCACUACCAGCAACAUACGACGAACCAUCCCAGAUGA